UUUGUUCUAUCGUCUCUUACUAUUCCAUCUACCCUUUCACCUAAUACUCCAAAACCAUCGCGCAAGACAAACCUUCAAUCUUCGGCCAGCGUUUUCCGGCAAUCCGGCACCGUACUUCCUUCAUUUUCAAUCGUUUAUUUCUGAUAGUACUGGAUAUCCUGUUAUUAUAGGGAAAUCAGUUUUGCUAAUCAUGGUAUGGUCAAGUAUAAGUAGGAGGGCUAAUCUCUCACCAUACCUUAGAGCGUUGCAAAACUCCUCUCAUCAAUUCAGGGGCCUAUCUAUUGGUCCUGAAGGACAAAGUUACAACAUAAUUAAUUCCAAUACUUUUGCUUCACAAAAUGCUGGAAGGUUGCGUUUCGUGCCUGGUUUUCGACAAUUCUCAUCUCAUGCUUCCACAGAGCAAAAAUCACAAAAGAUGCUUUUAUACUUGACAGGCUUGGUUUUUGCGAUGGUUGGAUGCUCAUAUGCUGCAGUUCCCCUUUAUCGGAGAUUUUGCCAAGCAACUGGCUAUGGGGGAACUGUUACCCGGCGUGAGAGUGUUGAAGAAAAGAUUGCAAGGCAUGAUAGCAAUAAAACUGCCACCUCAAGGGAAAUUGUGGUACAGUUCAAUGCUGAUAUUGCUGAUGGGAUGCAAUGGAAGUUUGUUCCUACACAAAGAGAGGUUAGGGUGAAGCCAGGAGAAAGUGCCCUUGCAUUUUAUACCGCAGAAAACAAAAGUUCUACACCAAUAACUGGUGUUUCUACAUAUAAUGUCACUCCUAUGAAGGCUGCGAUUUACUUCAAUAAAAUACAAUGCUUCUGUUUUGAGGAGCAGCGACUGCUUCCUGGAGAACAGAUUGACAUGCCUGUAUUCUUUUAUAUUGACCCAGAAAUUGAGGAUGAUCCUAAAAUGGAUGGUAUCAAUAACAUUAUAUUGUCAUAUACUUUCUUCAAGGUUUCUGAAGAAUAAGACCAACUUGAACAUAUGAGACUUAAAUAACGAUGUUGCUACCUUUGAAAGGGCAAAAGAACCCCUGAAGCUCAACUUCUGUUACCUGUUUUUGGUAACCGAUGAAGUAUUAGACUUCACAUUGUAACUUUCUGUUACCUGUUUUUGGUAACCGAUGAAGUAUUAGACUUCACAUUGUAACUUGUUUUACGAAUAAACCCUCAGUGUAAUCCUUGAAGUAUCACUCUUUCUCCAACAUAGCCCUAAAAUUAUAAAAAAAAAGUUAUUCCCAAAGUAUAUGAAAUUCGUCACUUUAGUCCUUAAUGUUAAGUUGUUAGGGACUGACAGGAAGGAGUUUCAUAUACUUCCGGCACUGAAAUGAUUGCUUAUUAUUUUAACAAACUCUAGAGACUAAAUUGGAGAUAUUUAGAGUGACACUUGGGUGGCUAAAUUAAUGGUUUAUUCUUUGUUUUACCCUAAGUUUUGAAUAAAAAUAUAGUUACCUCUUGUAGAAGUGUUAGAAAACAACUCCUGUGACCAGGUUUUGAAGGUUCCAGGGACAUCAUCCAUUAUCUUGCUAGAAUCAGUGUUGUUCAGUGUCAUUUUAGUGUAAUAAGAAAUGCAAUGGAGACCUGCUGAAGGACCUCUAGGUAUCGGCCAGUUAGAUGAAUCAUUUUGCUUUUAAGAUUUAUUGAGAAGUCAUGAACUCAUGAUUAUUGAGUUCUUUGGCAAGAUGGUAAAAUGAUGAUCACACCGUGGAUUGUAGAAACUAAAGAGCCAUGAAUCUGGACGUUAGUUUAAUGUAAUCAUGUAUGAUGUUUUGUAAAAUUCCGUUGUUUUAAAUUAUGUAGUCAUGUAUGAUGUUUUGUAAAGAUCCAUUGCCACCUAUAACUGCCGUAUACAGCAAAUAGAUCAGAGGAGACUUUAAAUCA